AGAGAUGUUGCGCACUUGCAGGAUACAGUUAUAACAGGCUCGCUCUGGGCUGCUAUAGUUCAAAGUCCACGGAGCCGGAGCAGGAGUAUUUAGGGUAUUAUCGCUGCUCAAGUCACUGUUUCCAUCUCUUUUGGGAGCUGCUAUGGGUCCUGAGCAGGGCGCGGAGUUCACUGCGUUGGAGCAAUGCAAACUGCGAGCGGCUGAGCGAAUCCAGGAGGAGUGUGGGUGUCUGAGUACUCUGAGCCGGGACAUCUGGAGCCGACCGGAGUUGGCCUACAAGGAGCAGCAGGCGCAUGACACUCUCACCCAGUUUUUCUCCUGUAGGGGUGUCUGGCUGGUGGAGCCGCGUUACAAGCUGGACACAGCAUUCCGAGCACAAUGGACUAGCUCACUUUCCGAUAAGGAGUCCGAGCCAUUACACAUAGGGUUCCUGUGUGAAUACGAUGCUCUGCCCAGUCUGGGACAUGCCUGUGGGCACAAUCUCAUCGCAGAGGUUGGCGCUGCCGCUGCCCUCGGUCUUCAAGGGGCUCUGGAGUGUAUGCGGCCCCCCAGACCUGUCAAGAUAACCGUUUUAGGAACUCCUGCAGAGGAAGAUGGAGGUGGCAAAAUUGAUCUUAUUGAAGCUGGUGCAUUUGUGGACAUGCAUGUUGUCUUUAUGGCCCAUCCUGCACAGGAGGAUGCACCGUACUUGCCAGCUGUUGCUAUACAUGAUGUGACAGUGAAAUAUUAUGGAAAAGCUUCUCAUGCAGCUGCAUAUCCAUGGGAAGGAGUAAAUGCUCUUGAUGCUGCAAUUCUUGCCUACAACAAUCUGUCUGUCUUAAGACAGCAAAUGAAACCUACAUGGAGAGUUCAUGGCAUAAUCAAAAAUGGGGGUGUGAAACCUAACAUCAUUCCCGCUUACUCAGAAUUAGAAUUUUAUCUGCGUGCGCCAUCGCUCAAAGAACUUGCUGAAUUAAAAGAAAAAGCAGAUGCUUGUUUUAAAGCUGCAGCUGCAGCAACUGGAUGUAGAGUUGAGUUUAGCAGCAGUGAUCAUGACUACUAUAAUGUUCUACAAAAUAAGACCUUAGCAAAAACCUAUGUGGAGAAUGGCAAAAAACUAGGAAUGCAGUUUGCAGCAGAUAACUUGGCUUCAAAUAGCUUUUCAGGUUCUACUGAUUUUGGCAAUGUUAGUUUUGUGGUUCCUGGAAUCCAUCCUUAUUUUUAUAUUGGAUCUGAUGCCCUGAAUCACACAGAGCAAUACACCGAAGCUGCAGGAUCAAAAGAAGCUCAGUUUUAUACACUUCGCACAGCAAAAGCAUUGGCAAUGACCGCAAUAGAUGUUAUCUUUAAACCAGAUUUAUUGGCAAAUGUCUGUGAGGACUUCAAGUUGAUAAAACUUAUUGAAGAAGGCAACAUCAGCGUUACAGAAAAGUCCAGGGAUUCAAGUGGGGGAGCAGGCUGUGCCUCACGUUGAGAAAUCAUUGCUGCAACAGACUGAAAAAAAAUGUUUGAUUUUGUCUUUGAUUUUGUAAAAUUAUACACAAAUGUGCAGUAUGUGUGUGUUUGUAUAUAUAUAUAUAUAUAUAUAUAUAUAUAUAUAUCUCUUUUAUUAUUGAUUUACUUUUCUGAAAACAUGUAAAACAUUACUUUGGCAAUGCAACUCUAUUAAAGACUCUCAAAUCACUUGUAUGAUUUUCUAGAAUAAAUUGUCUAGAUCAUAGUUAAUUACUAGUUGUUAGAAAAGAUGACCGUCAGCUGAGGAUGAGAAUAGAUCACUUGGGUUGCAAUCCAGAUGCUAAAGUUGAUUAUCUUUUAUUGUUAUUUUAUGGUCUUGUUUCUCUCUCUCUCGCUCUCAUGAAAAUAAUGUAAAUAAAUGGUCCUGUUUGCAGUGAUGUUAAAUACCAGCAGAUGGAGUUUUAUGCAGCAGUUGUCAAUCAGAAUGCAACGGCCUCUGAUCCUAAAUCAGGACUUAGCCUUGUAGUUGCAAUCAUAGGAAUUGAGACAACAAUUUUAGAAAAGCUUUUUAGCAAAUCUGGUUCCCAUGCCUUUAUAUUAUAUUAAGCUCACACUGAUUCCACAAGCUUUGCCGACACUUCUACUGAUUCAUAGAACAGUCAUAAUUACAAGUCACUGCCUUGCAUUCUUUCUCUGACUAGAAAGAGACAUUGUAAAAUUUCAGGGUAAUGGAAUCAUAGAUUCCCUCUGGUAUGUUGAUAGUUUCAAAUGAGUUGGGGGCAUAUGCUAAAGAACUUUGCCAUCAUACUUUGAAAGCUAGAUUGCAGUUCCCUCUCAGGUUCUCCUAGUUUACACCCUACGGUGUGAAGUGCUAAGAGCCACAAAUUCUUCUGCCUGGGAAAGCAGUAGAACACAAAGGCAGCACUAAUAGGGUUUUUUAGAACUUUCCAGUAAAAUACCACAAAGAAACAUAUUAAAUCAUACCACUUCUAAUUUACAUAAUGUGUGAAUUGUCACCUUGUAUAACUUUACAUGACAUAUGUUCACAACACAUCUGGUACUGUAUUUACUAAAUAAAUGCUUUUUGUGAGAAA